AUGGAGCCUCUCUUUGGGUUUGUGCUGGGUUUGCUGCUGGCAGUCGCUUCACCAGCCCAUGACAGCUGUACCUGUGCGACCAACAAGUGGGCAGUGUGUGCCCAGGACGGCCCAGGGAACUGCACCUGCAGGCUGGCAGGUUCACAUCACCCUGUAGACUGCUCAACCCUGACUUCCAAAUGCUUCCUGAUGAAGGCAGAAAUGAUCCCCCUGAAGGAGAAGCGCCUCUGGAGACCUCCCCAGGCGGUGUCCGACAGCGACGGCAUGUACGACCCCGAGUGCGAGGACAGCGGCGUGUUCAAGGCCCGCUGCAGCGAGCUGGUGCGCACCAGGUGGAUCUACAUCGAGCUGACACACAAGAGGAGCUCCAGCGCCUUCGCCCUUCCCGCCGUGGCCAAGGCCCUGACGCAGCUCUUUGAGAGCAGGUACAAGCUGCACCCCAAGUACAUCGCUGCCAUCAAGUACGAGCCCCCCCUCAUCCAAAUCCGCCUGGAGCAGAACAAGAAGCCCAGGUGGGAUGUAGAUAUAGCUGACGUGGCCUAUUACUUUGAAAAAGAUGUGAACAACGACUCAGUGUUCCCAUCCAACAGCAAAUUAACUGUGUCGGUCAAUGGAGAUGCUCUGGCCAUUGAGAAGCUCGGGAUUUACUACGUGGAUGAAAAGCCCCCAGAGUUCUCCAUGAGGCAGCUGGCAGCCGGCAUUGGUGCCGUGGUCACCGUGGUGCUCCUCACUGCUGGCAUCGGCCUCGCCGUGCUGCUCGGCCUCAGGUGGCUGCGCACAAGGACAUACAAAAAAUUCGAGUGUAAAGAAAUGAGGGAAAUUAAAGCCCCAAGCUCAGAGCUGCCCUGAGCUGAAAGAAGAACGGCAACUACAGGAAGAAAAGGAAACAAAAAGGCACAAAAUACAAAGAACAGACUUGGUGUAUGUGAUGGAUUUGGAGUUUUUUCCUUCCUGCGGGAAUUUGUACAGUGAAUGUUCUAAAUUAUUCUUGUUUAGUAAGAAUAAAUUUUUGGGGUAGAAAUGAAUUUGGGAGUCAGUUACCUAAAUAUUUUAAAUGACUCCUGCUUUGGAGGGUAAGAAAACUGUUACAGCUGUCUAUUUAACAUAACACAGAAGGCUUUCAGUCCUGCUGCAGGCCUGGCUCAGAUUGCUUAAAUACUUAAAUACUCUGUGGGGUUCUUGGUGUAUCUAUUUACUGAAAUUAAAACAGUUCCCUCAGCAUAUUUGGGCUACAUUGCUGCUUUUCUCAUGGUAGACUUUUUUAAAAUGCAGUUUGGUUUUAGUUCAUGGGGGCUUUGAAAAACAAAAGUUUCUGGAACUUUUUUUAUCAGCAAAUAAUUUCAUGAAUAUUACUAAAUAACCACAUAAGAUAAUGCUAAGAUACUCUGCAACAUCAGAGGCUUUUACAGAAUGAUUUGUUAGGAAACAUCCCAGGUGUUGGGUCGCUUCCAGAGGUGGAGAUCCCAAGUUCCUGGGUUUGUAUUCAGGCAGCACAGUGAGCUAUUCCCACUUGUGCUCUUUAAUAAGGGUCUGACACUCCUCGUCAGCAAAGAUCUCUUGAUCCCCAUGCAAGUGUAAGUGAACCUUGGUGUUCUGCCCACAUUCCAACUCUGGUAAUAACUUUCUGUCUACCUCAAUUCCCUUGCAGUUUUAAUGGGAGGAGAUAUUUUUCAGUGUUGUACAGCUUCACAGAAACACUGCACAAUGCUCUGGGACAGGCAGAAAAAAGAGCUUUAUUCCAACUGAGCUGUGGGGGGAAUUUAAGAGCAGAGUGUAAUUACUGAACUUGGAAUUUGCUCAAUACACAACUGGACUGCUUUGCUACCUACUCAUCUGCUGCAUUCCUGGUUUGGAGAGUCAUACCCACCGUGAAGGACAUUUUAAAAAAAUAAUGCUGCUUGUUGAACGUUGGGAUAUUGUCAGUUCCGUUCUCUGUGCUGCAUGUGGAUGUCCAAGUCCAUCACUCUCUGCUUCCUGCAGCAGCACCUGCUCCACCUGGGCACUGCCACAGGCCCAGCAGCUCUUUUCUUCUUUGCAUUAGUUUCAGUGUUGCUCAUUUGUAAUUCUAACAACAGUCAGGAAUGUGCUGCUUCCACAGCAAAGCACCAAAAUGCAGCUCUAGCUCUACUGAAUGGAAAGGCUAUCAGUGAAAAAAGGAAAGAGGCUUUGAUUCUGAUUCUGCCUUGUUUAUAGACACUGUUGGGUAAUAACAUCUGGUUCAACAUGCAGCAUUUCCAUUUGACCUCACACUUACCUGCUGGAAAAUCCUGGUUACAUACUUUGGGGCAGAUGCAUCACGUUUUCCCAAAAUAAGAUUUGUCUGCAAUUGCAGCAGCAACAGCAUUAAUUCAUUCCCAGUUUUGGAGCAGGGUCUAUAAUUCAUUGUGUGCCUUACAGCAACAUGUUGAAGCUGGUUGUUUGUCAGUCAGGAAUACACACUUGUCUGAGAGACGAUGAAGUGAUAAUUUGAGAUUUAGGCUGGAUAUUUCCAUGUCAUAGGAAAACUCAGGACUUAGCCUAACUCCACACAAUUUCACAAGUAGCCAUUUAUAAUAAAAAAUCUAGAGCUGAGCAGCCCUCAGCUGAAGAAACAUAGGAUGAGAGUCAAAAUUUUCCAAGUACACUGCUUAACCAAUUUGUUAACUUAUGCAGAGCAGAUCAAAGCCAUGUGUUUGAGAGGCUGGUGCUGUCCCUUGAUCAGGGAUCACGAGAUGUGCAGUCUUUUCUGGACAUCUAUGGUGGCUUUCACCAGUCUUUUAAAAUCCCUGUGUUUUUCUCUUUUCCAUCAUAGGAAAAAAUAUUUUUUUCAAGGUGAAUAAUGAUAUUUUAUAUUAUUAUAUAAACAUUUGGACAUAACAUUCAGUAGGAGAGGAUAAAGUGACUAAUUGUUGAAAAAAAUCUUAACAGGUAACAGUGUCAGCAUCUUUCCUUGGCUCCUGCUUUUAUUUUUAGUAGCUGAGAUUGAGAAGAGAGGCUGUGGUGGUGCCAUUCAAAUUUUUAUUAUUCAUUAAAGGACUGCCCCAUGAAAGCCUUGAGUUGUGGUUGGUUGUUUCUUUGCUAAGUCCUUCAGCACAGUGGACUGCACA